AUUACGCACCCCUCACCCCCCACCCCCUGCGAUAUUACGCCGACGACGAACGCAUCAAUCACCACCUCUCUCUCUCUCUCAUUACUUCUCACGCUCUCUGCGAAAUUUCUUACUCACAACUCCCCAAUCCAAUUUCUAUCCGCUCAUUCAUCGCGCUAUCGUCUCUGCAAACCCUAGCUGUUGCUGUUGUUGUUCUCUUCGAAUCUGGCUUUCAGAGACCCAAGAAUUUUGAUUUCACGCCCUUCGAGCUUCGAUUCGUCAGUUUCUGAGGUAAAACAGCUCUCAAUUCGCUUGUACUUUAGCAGGAUCGUGUUUCCAACUGCUGCUGGACAACAACCCAGAUUUUUGAAAUCCUCAAUUUCAGCACACACAAAAAAAAAAAGUUGAAUUCAAGCUCUAGAUUGAUUUGCUCAGUUUGAUGAAUUGAAACCUUCAAGAUUAUGUGAGAAUAUUAAGUUUCAAUAAUCAAGAAAUAUGUCUGUGGAGAGAUCAUUUGAAGCAUGGGAAGAGGUGCAACGUCACGGCCAAGAUUUAGCGGACAGGCUAGCGCAGGGCUUCACGGGUUUGAUUCAUUCUCACAUUACUCCUCCUUCAUUCCCAUGGCCUAAUACCCAAAAACCCAAUCUAAUUGACACUGAGUUCCCAACCCAAAGGGAUUUUGGGCUUGCAAUCGAUAACUCUGGAAUUAAUGGGGUUUCAGCGAUUCUUGAUAUUGGGAACAGGUUAGGGCAAGCCGGGGCGGACUUUGGGGCUUCCUUGAAUGGCAUGGUUGAGCAGUUGUUUAGGAGGUUGCCGGUGCCGUUUCGGCAAGAUGAGAAUGUGGUGGCAUCUCUGCGGACCGAGCUGAAUAACCAAAUGACUGAUGUGGGGGGUAUAACUAUGCAGGAGGAUUUGGGAUCUUUGGCGGAGCGGUUUAGAGAUUUUGGGUUUGCUGAAAAUGAGAUGAGUUUUGCUGGGUCAAUGGAUGAGGAAUUGUCUAAGUUUAAUUCGAAAACGACUGGGCUUUUUGGUAGACCACAGGGGACUAUUAAUGUGACAUCUACAUAUGACAGUAGGACGCAUGAUGUGGAAGGUUCUUUGGUUGCAAGGGGAGACUGGUGGAGAGUAGAGGCAUCACAAGGUAGUUCUACAGCAGGAAAUGAGAAUUCCUCGCUCUUCCUUGUCCAGCUUGGACCAGUGCUUUUUGUUCGUGAUUCAACACUGCUUUUGCCCGUUCACCUGUCAAAGCAACACUUGCUUUGGUAUGGUUAUGAUAGAAAGAAUGGAAUGCAUUCUCUUUGUCCAGCUGUGUGGUCUAAGCAUAGAAGGUGGCUGUUGAUGUCAAUGAUCUGUCUCAAUCCUUUAGCGUGUUCAUUCAUGGAUUUGCAGUUCCCAAAUGGUCAGUUCACCUAUGUAUCCGGUGAGGGAUUAUCCACUAGUGCAUUCCUACCAUUUUGUGGGGGUCUGCUUCAAGCUCAAGGUCGAUAUCCAGGAGAGAUGAGGUUCAGUUUCUCUUGCAAGAAUAAAUGGGGAACACGAAUCACACCAACAGUACAAUGGCCUGACAAAUCGUUUACCUUGGGUCUUGCACAAGCUUUAGCUUGGAAGAGAUCUGGUCUUAUGGUGAGGCCAACCAUCCAAUUCAGUGUAUGCCCAACAUAUGGUGGAAGCAAUCCUGGGCUGCAGGCAGAGCUUAUACAUUCUGUGAACGAGGAAUUGAAUCUGAUUUGUGGUUGUGCUUUCAUGGCACAUCCUUCUGCAUUUGCAUCAUUAUCUCUUGGCAGGUCAAAGUGGAAUGGCAAUGUUGGGAGCUCAGGGAUAGUUGUGAGAGUUGAAACUCCGCUCAGCAAUGUUGGUGGGCCUGGGCCUUCAUUCUCUGUUCAGUUGAAUAGUGGUAUUGAGUUUUGAUUAUACUGCACCCGUACUGUGCAAUUAAAAAAUUUGUAUAUGGAGUAAUGGUCUUGAGAGCUCAGAAAUAUACAGUAGUGUUCAUGUGAACGUUCAACCAAUGUUUAUAUGAACAGUUGAUUUUUGUCCC